AUGCCAACCCAGGCACACUACCCUUAUAACCCGGAGAGAACCCCUCGCGAGAGGGGUUACAAACACUAUUCUCACAAGAGCACCGACUCUGGAGUUGUGCAUGACUCGGCCCACGCAUCGGGCGAUGAACAACUCUCGACUACAACGGCGCUGACCGAAGCCCUUCGAGAUGCCAAGAUCCGGGCGCGAAACUUGGAGCGCAAGCUCGAAGCCUCCGAGGCCGAGGUAAACGCGAAGCAACGUGAGUUUGUGCAGCGAGACCAGAUGUUCCGCAGCCGAUACGAGGCAAUCGAGGCCCGAAACGAAGUCCUCACCGACGACAAUGAAAGGCUCACCAAGGAAAAGGCGGCUGUUGCUCAGAAGUGUACCACUCUGGAAACCAAGGUUACCGAACUCGAAGCCGAGAACGAAGACCUCGCUGCGACGAACGAAGGCCUCGAGGCCAAAGUGCGGAAGUUGGAGAAGAAGUUGGCUGCCGCCCUGGCCGCUGCCGCUGCCGCCGCAUCUGACGGAUACGAGUCUCAAACGCCAAUCAGGGAGAAGAAGGCCAAGAGCAAGCCUUCUAGUUCUAGCUCGAGCUCACGCUCGGACGAGAAGUCUACCUCUUCAUCAAGCUCUAGAGCCAAGGAUAAGUCUUCCUCGAGCUCACGCAGCGAGGUCAAGUCGUCUAGCUCGCGGAACGUCGAGCCAAGCAGCGUACGGCGGUCUGAGAGCAAGCGGAAGUCUACGACUGUCGCUAAGAAGGACCCGCUGGCAGAGCGCUUCGAACGGGCUACUGUAAAGGGAGCUGCCCAACAAGAAGAAUACGAUGGCGAUAAUGGCACUUAUGUUGAGCCGUGGGGCCCCACCUCGCCGCGCCGUCGCCGGGAGAGCUCGGCCGCACCAACGCAGCUAUUUGCCAGCAUGGCUGUCGCGAACCAUCGGGAUACAACCGCUUAUUCCGACGUGUCGAGGGGUUCGCGCACCGACUCGAACGGCUACACGCGCCCUCAGACAUCUACGUUGAGGACGGACAAUACCGUUCCUACCCCACCAGUCCGGGUUCCUUUCCCUUUUGCUGCCUAG